UCGGACAGAGCAGGGCACCCCAACCGCACCUGGCUCAAGCCGUUUCCUAAUCGAAUGGGAUCAACUUUCAGCCAGUGAAAAUCAAACCAACACGGGCGCUCGCUUGAAAUUAAUCGAACCUCCUCUCUGUGUUGACAGUGGACCUCCUCGGUGUUACUAACAGAAUGGCUGUUGAUAUAACUUUACUGUUCAAAGCCAGUGUAAAAACGGUCAAAACCCGAAAUAAAGCUAUGGGAGUAGUGUUUGAUUCGCCUAAAGAUGAAAUAUUCAAGAAGAGCAGACCGAAUAACGGAUUUUCUCUCAAGGCGAAAGAAGUGAUCUCUAACAUCACCAAGCUGAAAGACUUUCUACUGCAGCACAGGAAGGACUAUGUGAAUGCUGGAAGUCUCAUCUCAUCAGAUCUAACCCGGAUGACAGACAAUGAGCGAGACCAGAUCGACCAGGACGCCCAGAUCUUCAUGAGAACCUGCUCUGAAGCCAUCAAGCAGCUCCGCUCUGAAGCUGAGAAACGGGUCAUAUCGACCCAGAUUAAAGAGCACAGGGGGGCGGUCCUCGACCUAAUCGAGAUGUAUUUGAAAGGAGUAUGCAAGCUUUAUUCCGAGCAGAGGGCUAUACGAGUGAAGAGAGUGGUAGACAAGAAGAGACUGUCCCGACUAGAGCCAGAGCACUACCACAGUAGGAUAGUGGUGGAGAAGAGCCCACAGGUGGAACAGCACAGCGAGGAGAAAACAUCCAAGGAGGAGAACAGCAGCGGUGAGCGGAGCGUGAUGGAGGUCCCGGAGAACACUGUGAGCCUGUGGGAGGAGGGCCAGGGUCGUGUGGAUGACGAGCUCUCACCUGAGGAGAUGCAGAUGUUUGAACAGGAGAACCAGAGGCUGGUGAGUGAGAUGAGCAACCUAGUAGAUGAAGUCAGGCAAAUCGAAGGCAAGGUUGUCGAAAUUUCACGUCUCCAGGAGAUUUUUGCGGAGAAGGUGCUAAUGCAAGAAACUGAGAUAGACAGUAUCCAUCAGCUAGUCGUGGGAGCCACUGAAAAUGUCAAAGAGGGAAACGAAGACAUCAGAGAGGCCAUCCAAAACAAUGCUGGAUUCCGUGUCUGGAUUCUCUUCUUCCUUGUCAUGUGCUCCUUCUCUCUGCUCUUCCUGGAUUGGUAUGACAGCUAACCCCUUGAACCUGGCAGAACCAGGAAGUAAGUGACUUCCAUCAGCAGGAAGUGACAUCAGCCUGGGCUUAAGUGGUUAUCACAUUGAAGUAUAUGGUUGGAUGGACGAAAUGUUGGGUUUAGGACCAGCUUGUCCUACUCCGAAGAGAACUGACCCCAGACAUGUGCUUUGAGGACGACUUCACUACUGUCAACCGUACUCGAUCCACAAGAGGACAGUGUAAACGCAUGUUUACAAAUGCAGUAAAGCACACAGUUGGCUGAAUGCAAAGUGCUGUCGUCCACCUGUACUAUGUGCAAUUAUGGGCGAUCAGUAUCACAUACUGAUUACAAUGCUUGUUAUUGCAUCAACAGCAACUGUCCUCUGCUGUCUUUCUCAAAGGAAGUAAGUGGUUUUUGAGCUAUUCAUUAUUCUUUGUUUGUAUUGAGGUCUUGACCAUACACAUUGUAGACUUACGUUUGUUGAGAUGAAGAAAAUUAUUUUUGAAAACCUUAUGGUCUUUCAUAUGUAUUUAUUUUUGUCGUUCAAGCGAAAAGAUAUGAGAGAACCACAUACCAUGUCUCUUGAAGAUGGGUUAUUUUCAAAAAAGGGUUAUGAGUUACACAGACCAUGUAAGCCUUUUGUUUGUGUAAAUAUGGUAGUUAUGAUCAAUCAAUGGGAGUAUUUUUGUUGGUAUAACUCCACUUGGCACUUGCUGCUUGUGUUGAAACCUAGUCCUAAGACAAAUCAAUUGAAGCACUGCUUGUGAAAGAAAUUCUAGCUAUUUUCUCUUAUUUCUCCAAAUUACAGCAAGCGAUCCACACAUUCACUAGUUCAGUGGUUCCCAACACCAGUCCUCGAGUACCCCCAAGAGUACACAUUUUUAUUGUAGCCCUGGUGAAACACCUGAUUCAACUUGUCAACUAAUCAUCAGGCCCUCAAUGAGUUGAAUCAGGAGUUUUCUGUCUGGGGCUACAACAAAAAUGUGUGCUCUUGGUGGUACUCGAGGAUUGGCAUUGAGAAUUACGGCACUAGUUGAUACAUGUAACUGCCAAAAUAAAGGAAAUGCCAACAUAGUGUCAUAAAUAGGGCAUUGGGCCACCAUGAGCCAGAACAGCUUCAAUGCACCUUGGCAUAGAUGCUACAAAUGUCUGGAACUAUAUUGGAUGGAUGAGACACCAGCAGCGGUGCGUGGGUAAAAUCACUGGGGAAGCCAAGCCCCCCCCCCCCUCCAAAAAAAGCCAUAUUACAACCUACACUGUAUGUGUUGUGAUAAUUGCGUUGGUUGCUGCUAAUUCAUAUGCCUUGAGACUGAUAUAUAGAUCUAAAAGCCAAGACAAUAAGAAGACAGUGGCAGAAUAACUUCAAACACACCUUUGUUUUAUCACAAAACCGGAUAGCAACCUCUGUCCGGUGAAGUCCACAACGCAUAUUGCAUGACCUACAACCUGGUUAAGUAAGUAAAUGUUUCCGACCACUAAACAACUAUUUGUUUAGAACCACAGGAACAAAGAAAACAGGAACUGCCUCCUCCUCUGUUCCAGCACCAUUUCAACUUCAACAUCCUCAAAUCACCUCUGCUUAGUCUAAUACAGUGACAUCUAAAAGAUACCAAAAACAAUUUAGUCCAAUCAACAGAAGCUAAAUAUGAUGUCCUUCAUUCUUAUUUCUGUUUGCGUUCGCGCAAGUAGAAAAACAUGUUGACUCGCCCUACUUGUAGUGAAACGCCAAUGCCAUCCCCCUCUCUUUCAUGUUGACGAAAUGGUCUAUCACUCUGUCAUACAGUACACACUUAUUUUUUGUUGUCCAAGGCAACCUGGCUAAAAUACUUGCUCGCUAGACAAACUUCCCUUCAUGGGCAACGUUAGCUAGUUAACAUUAGCCUUCUACAUCAAGCUACAUAUUGGACUUCCAUCCUCUCAGGCCAGGGGCACAACAAUGUAUGAAUUAAUUGUUGGCUCAGAAUUGCCGUUAUAAUCAUUGGCCAGUACGGAGAAUUAGGUAAAACCACAAGUCCAAACCCUUAUCUCCACUCAUUUAGGAAAGGGAUCAUUUUAGCUAGCUAGUUAUCUAGCCACCGGUGGACAACAACACAAGAUGCAACAAUUCAAGUUGCUUCUGUUAAUGACGUAUGUCUUCAAAGCGAUUUGAUAGGACAGAUGCCAAAUCCAAGCUGGCUUCCCUUGACACUCACCCCCCCGCCAGGAACAUUUACAGUUGAGCUCGCUCAGUUUAGCUUAACACUGAUUGGCAAUUUCGUUAUGCUUUUUUUGUCAAGGGAGGCCAAAUGCUUGCUGGCUUCCCUUACAUUCAAUGCUACGGGCGGCAACAAUGUCAUACUCGUUUGGACCAGACAGUAUCAGAUAGAUGGCCUACACGUAGAGAGACAGAGGUGCUCUGAUGUUCUCCUGUGAGAUACAGUCAUCAGCUUCUUGCAAAUUGAAGGAAAAUGAUGAAACAGAGACAAAAUAAAUAUUUGAGGGGUCUAUUUUUUUCCACAAGAAAUUCCAUUAUUUGGUGUUUUGUUGAUGGUGGGAAAGGCUGUCAAGCGCCACUCCAGAAUCUCCCAUAAGUGUUCCAAGGGGUUGGUGACUGAGUGACUGAGAUGUUGGUGACUGGUGACUGAGAUGGCCAUGGCAGAUGAUUUACAUCGUUUUUAAGCUCAUCAAACCAUUCAAUGUGCACUUGUGCCCUGUGGAUGGGGUCAUUGUGAUCCUAUGGGGGCAUAGCCAUGGUAGCCAAAAUAAUGGCAUGCCCAGCAUUUUCAUACAUGACCUGAAGCAUGAUAAUUUCUUAAUUAACUAGGGAACCACACCUGUGUGGAUGCACCUGCUUUCAAUACACUUUGUAUCCCUCAUUUACUAAAGUGUUUACAUUAUUUUGGUAGUUACCUGUAUAUUAUACAACUUGUACUAUAGCUAUUCUCCAGUCUAGUGUAUGACAAACCAACAGUAUCCAGAUGUAGAACUCUGGGCCAACGGCAUGAACCUCAAUCCAGAAAAUGGCCUUUGGAACAAUGAGCUUUAGAGAUUUCAUUCUCAGAUUUAUGCUUCUGAAAAUCCGUUCAUUUGGAUGAUCCAUUAUCCCAGCAAAAGGAUUAUAUCACUCCAAUAUCUCACUUUGAUCAAGGCCCUGGGGAAAAUACUGUUAAGAUAAAGGAAAUCAUGUAUUUUAAGGGAAUUGAACACUACUGAAUUAAACUGAUACAAGAUUAAGCAUUGUUACACCAUGCUCAUAAAUACAUGAAUGAACUUCAUCGUGUUGAGAUAUGAUGGAUUACUCAAAUGUUUUUGAAAUGUGUGCAUUUUAAUAGAUAUUUGUUUACAUUGGUUUCCAGCUCAAAGCCUAUUACUCAUUUGUCCCAACAACAAAAAAACAGCAUCAAAUGUACUUCUGUUUACGUCAUUGUAUAAAAAAAUCAGUGAGAACAGAAGGCAUUACUCGUAAAUGACAUAUGUUGAAAAGAAAAGCAAUGUAUUAAUCACUCCUUUCAGAGGUUUCAUUUUUAGAGUUCUUGAGUUCUACUACACAUCACUUUGACUUGACUGCGUUCUAUGGUGACUGACAGCUACAGAAUCCUAUUCAUAUAGCAUUACACGUUUACAUUCAAUAGCAACGAGAAGAAAACAGGAUAUGCUAUUCAGUGACAAUAAGCAUUCCCAUGCUUUAUGAAGGCAUUGACAUAGUGCCUGAUCAAAUAGUGUAGUUCCCAAUAAAGAAGAGCUCUAAGUGCUGCAUGUGGAGAAGGAUAAACUACAGAGGGUUCAAUUAUGCAGGAUAAAUAUAAAGAACAUCAUACCUGUGUUGAAUUCAGGCCUUUUGAAAUGGAAAACAAAAAUGAGCAUUUCUUAUUGGACUAGUUUAGGUAGUACCGCCCUUUUUUCCUAUUGGACAAGAGUCAGAAUUUAAAAAGUCCUCUACACAAAUGGAGGAGUCAAUUAAAGUCAUUUAAAAUGCAUCUUCAAGUGAGUCACACACACCCAUUCAUCCACAAAUGGGAGAGGCAAAACAGUCUAGGAGCAAAACGUUAUACAUUUCUGUAUCUCAAGGGUUAAAUGGCACAUGAUCUGACAGUAAUUCAAAUGUUUUGUAGUAAUGAAGACAAAGUAUGGUUGUGUGAAAUGCAGAAGCUUACAAAAUGAACCGUGCAUGUGUUUAAACCAGCGCUGCAGACACUAGAAUGGUUGUCAGUUUAUAUGUGGUGUACUGAAGUGAGAUUUUAUUCCCCAUUAUGUUUAUGUACAAAGAUGUUUUGUCAACAAGUGUCUGUCUGUGUGGCAAGACUUGUUUGUGUAUGUAUUCAAACAAACCAGAUACCCAUCCAACCACAGUUCCUGUCUGUGCUUACACAAAUGCAUUUGUCAAAUAAUUUCACUGAUUAAAACACAUUAUGCCUGAUA